AUGCAAUUGCUCAAGGCUAUCCUCAUGCUUGGGGCCGCGACGCUGACGGCGGCCCAAAACAACACGAUCCGCGUCAACAGCACCUCCAUUGCGCCGCCUAUCAGAACACCUGUUCCUGUCAAACCCUUAAUUCCCACCAACGUGACAAUUCCUGGUGGUCUGCCCGGAAAGCCUGGGUACAAAAACGGAACUGUGGUCGUGAUCGUCAAGUCCUACACAACCUGGUGCCCUGGGCCCACGGUCGUCGUUGUCAAGGACAAAACGUACACCGCUACGGGGCCUACCAUGCUUACCAUCACGAACUGCCCUUGCACUUUCACGAAGCCACCAAAGAUACAGCCGACUCCAGCUCUUCCACCAGUUGUCCAGCCGACGCCUCCGAGUCCGACAUAUGUCUCCCAGAAUCCCGUUGCUCCCCCUGUGGUUCCACCCCCUGUGGUUCCACCCCCUGUGGUUCCUCCACCAGCCGUCAUUCCUCCGGCCGUCGUCCCUCCGGCUAUCCCUCCUCCGGCUAUCCCUCCUCCGGCUAUCCCUCCUCCAGCCGUCCCUCCUCCAGCCAUCCCUCCUCCAGCCGUCCCUCCUCCAGCAAUUCCCCCUCCAGAAAUCCCUCCUCCGGUGGUCCCCCCUCCAGUCGUUCCUCCUCCGGCCGUUCCUAUACCCGCCUCAACCUCUGGUGCAGGACCUGUGGCCCCGCCAGCAUCUGAUACCGGGAAGAGUCCUGUAUCCCCGCGGCCAACGUAUGUUCAGUCUGAUGCUUCUGAGAGAAACGUUGGAAUCCUGGCUGGUGCUAUGAUAGUCAUGGUCUCGUUUUUCUUUACAGUCAUGUUGUAG